GUUUGAUCUUGUUGUGAAUGUAAUUAGCCAGCGCGCGAGGCAUUAAAAAUGGGGCGGGCGCCGCAGGAGAUGUUUCCAAUAUUCAUAUUAUUGUUGUUGUUAUCACUGCUGGAGAGUGGAGCUGCUGCUGCCGGAGGUGGCCUUGAUUACCGUGAAGCCCUCAACAAAGCCAUCAUCUUCUUCGAGGGCCAAAGAUCCGGGAACCUCCCCUCUUCAAACCGCGUGACGUGGAGGAGGGAUUCUGCACUCUCCGACGGUUCCUUCCAACAUGUGGACUUGGUGGGAGGGUACUAUGAUGCCGGAGACAACGUGAAGUUCAAUUUCCCGAUGUCGUACACCGCCACCAUGUUGUCGUGGAGCGUGCUGGAGUACGGCCGAAAAAUGAAAUCGCUGUCGGAGUUGGAAAAUGCUCGGGACGCCAUCCGGUGGGCCACCGACUACCUCCUCAAGUGCGCCGUUCAUCUCUCCGCCGGGAGGCUCUACGUGGGCGUCGGAGACCCCGGCCAAGACCACCUCUGCUGGGAACGCCCCGAGGACAUGGACACCCCACGGACCCCCUACUGGGUCACAUCCCACACUCCCGGCUCCGAAGUCGCGGCGGAAACCGCUGCCGCAAUGGCCGCCGCAUCCUUGGUUUUCCGGCGAUCCGAUCCCGCGUAUUCUUCAAGGCUCCUCAAAACUGCAAAGCAAGUGUUUCGUUUUGCAAAUUCGUAUCGGGGCUCCUACGGAGAUUCACUCCAAUCUGCUGUCUGCCCUUACUAUUGCUCCUAUUCCGGAUAUCAGGACGAAUUAUUAUGGGGAGCAGCAUGGCUGCUCAGAGCAACAAAUGAUCUCAGAUAUCUCAAAUUCAUAAAGAAAAUUAAAGUCAAUGGAUUGCCAGACCUAUUUAGCUGGGACAAUAAGUAUGCAGGGGCGUAUGUUCUUCUCUCAAAGUGGGCUGUGGUGAAAAAAGAUGGAAGGUUUAAUGCAUACAAAGAGGGAGCAGAGCAUUUCAUGUGCGCCGUUCUCCCCAAACACCUUUCCCCUGCCUCUACAACCACAUACACACCAGGUGGUCUUAUGUACAAGUUGCCUGAAUACAAUAUGCAAUAUGUGACAUCCAUCACAUUCUUGAUGACCACCUAUGCCAAGUACAUUGCAUCAACAAAGACGCUAUUUUAUUGUGGAGACAACUCUAUUACUCGUCAUACUCUACGCAGCCAAGCAAAAACACAGGUGGACUACAUUUUGGGCAAAAAUCCAAAGCGGAUGUCAUACAUGGUCGGAUUUGGGGAAUAUUUUCCGAGAAGGAUCCACCACAGGGGGUCAUCAUUGCCUUCUACGGCGGCAAAUCCAAGUCAUUUGAGCUGUAACUAUGGCUUUGAGUAUUUUUACCAUACUUCCAAGUCCAAUCCCAAUAUCUUAACUGGAGCCAUAGUCGGGGGUCCAAC